AUGACUUCACGACAGCCAACAUCUACCUCUUCCUCCUCCUCCUUGCUUGAUAUCGUCUCGAAUCUCGUUUCGCCAAAAUCCUUGCUUUUCAACGCUCAGCACGCAACGCCGCCUUCCCUACCGUCCCAACGCGCACCGACGAUGGAUAAGUCGCAGCAACCCAGCUCUUUUCAGCAGCUGGAAAAGCUUGGAGAGGGUACAUAUGCCACCGUCUUCAAAGGACGAAACCGCCAGACGGGCGAACUUGUCGCCCUAAAAGAAAUUCACCUUGAUUCCGAAGAGGGAACGCCCUCCACCGCCAUUCGCGAGAUCUCCUUGAUGAAGGAGCUGAAACAUGAGAGCAUCGUAUCACUCUACGAUGUCAUUCACACCGAGAACAAGCUUAUGCUUGUAUUCGAAUACAUGGACAAGGAUCUGAAGAAAUAUAUGGACACCCGGGGUGACCGGGGGCAGUUGGACCAAGCGACCAUCAAGUCGUUCAUGCACCAGCUCAUGAGCGGCAUUGCCUUUUGCCACGAUAACCGAGUUCUGCAUCGAGAUCUCAAGCCGCAGAACCUUUUGAUCAAUAAGAAAGGGCAAUUAAAGUUGGGAGAUUUUGGCCUUGCUCGCGCAUUUGGCAUUCCCGUGAAUACAUUCUCGAACGAAGUCGUGACACUUUGGUAUCGUGCUCCCGACGUCCUUCUCGGCAGCCGGACAUAUAAUACAAGCAUCGAUAUUUGGUCAGCUGGUUGCAUCAUGGCAGAGCUAUAUACAGGUCGCCCUUUAUUCCCAGGAACAACCAAUGAAGAUCAACUGCAGAAGAUUUUCCGCCUUAUGGGAACGCCUUCCGAACGUUCCUGGCCUGGUAUCUCCCAGCUACCGGAAUACAGGCCCAAUUUCCAUGUAUACGCGACACAAGACCUUGGCCUAAUCCUUCCCCAGAUUGACCCGCUCGGUCUUGAUCUGUUGAACCGAAUGCUUCAACUACGUCCGGAACUGCGAAUCGACGCCCACGGCGCUCUGCAGCAUCCUUGGUUCCAUGACCUUCCCCAGCUGCAGGCACAGUUGCAGCAGCAACAGCAGCAACAACAAAUGGCCGCCGGGUACGGAGGGAUGAUGCCACCACAACAGACGUAUUAA